AUUGUUUGCGCUGUUUACCGCAGAAGAAGGUGCCAAACCAGAAAUGUCGACAUGUUGCCUGAAUCUAAUAUAUAACCCAAGGGUUUUUUAAUUUUACUGACUCUGGAAAGAUCAAAUAAGAUUUUAAAAAAUCCCUAAAAUGGCGAACGAGGAGGCUCUGAAGUCUCUCAUGUUUACGCUGAGCUACAUGCUAAUGAAACGGCGCAGGGACAUAAACAGCGCAGAGACACAAAGACGGCGUGAAGUUCAGCGGCGGGUCAGACACAGGCAGUAUUUCCUACAGAGACAGAGGAGGAUGCUUAUGAUGCUAAUAGCUCAAGGCACACGCCCCGUGACUGUAGCUCGAACUCGUGCUUGGUCCAACACUCCAAGCACUGAUUGGUGGGAGCGAGUGGUCCUAACAGAGUUCCAGCCCUCUGAUUGGCUGGAGCGCUUCCGUAUGAGCAAAGAGACAUUCUUUCACAUUUGCAACAAGCUGAAGCCCUGGCUGGCACGACAGGACACGUGUCUGCGCCCUGCUCUACCUCUCGAGAAGCGGGUGGCCUUGGUACUGUGGCGCCUGGCCUCAAACGUCGAGUACCGCACCAUUGGGGAGCUGUUCGGAGUGGGACGCUCGACUGUCUGCAAGUGUGUGCGUGAGGUGUGCCAUGCCAUCGGAGCAACGCUGCGCCCACUGUACCUCCGUGAGCCAAGUGAACAGGAGCUGGAAGAUGCAGCACGCCUGUUCAGUACUCGCUGGGGCUUUCCGCACUGCGUGGGUGCCGUCAGUAGCCUCCACGUGCCCAUCAUUGCACCAUCCGCUGACGCUGAUAGCUACUGGAACAGCCGUGGCUGGCAUUCAGUCAUUACACAAGGCACAGUUAAUGGCCUCGGGCAGUUCUGGGAUGUGUGCGCAGGCUUCCCAGGUGGCUCUGAACCUGCAUCCAUUUUGCAAAACUCCUCUCUUUGGACUCUGGGCUGUGAGGGCAGGUUAUUGCCCCAGUCUCUACCUCGAAACUUUAUGGGCAAGCAGUUGGGGUCUGUAAUCCUAGGGGACGCUGGGUAUCCUCUUCAGACCUGGUUACUGAAAGCCUACGACAAGUCGCACAAUCUCACGGCUGGGCAGCGCGCAUUCAACCGGCGCCUGGAGAGAGCACGCGCCAUCGUGGACGAGGCAUUCCUGAGGCUCAGGGCACGCUGGCAGUGCCUUUUAAAGAGGAACGAUUGCCAUGUGGACGGGGUGCCGGCCAUGAUCGUAGCAUGCUGUGUGUUGCACAAUAUGUGCGAGGUGCAUGGCGACGAGUUGGCAGAGGAGUGGCUGGAGGCAGCAAGGCGGGAGGAGAGCCCCAUGCCCACUCACAUGGUCCCCGUCUUGGAUGACGAUCCAGCUGGGGAGGAAGUGCGAGAACUCUUCUGCCAGUAUUUCCUGCAGCAAGAGCAUCAGCAGAACCAGCAAGAGCAACAGGACUGAAGCAGGGUCUAAACCAACUUGUUUGGAUUCACUGGAUUGUGAACACUGGAGAUUUCCAGCAUUUAGCUGACACUCUUAUCCAGAGGGACUUGCAGAAGUGCGUUGGUGCCACAGGGUGAUGUGAGUGAACUUGGUGAGGUUGAACACCAUGUUGGUGGUGGUGUUUGUUUAUUUUUUUCUUGAAAAUUAGCAUUUUCAGAAUUUCAAUUUGCUGUACUGUGAAUAUUUCUUAUUGAAGGAGAUUGGUAAAGACUGACUAGGGCAACAGGACUAGAGAGGGAUUUCUGUCCAUCACUUUUUAUGCCGGGUUUAAAUUUGUACAUAUGAAACAUUAAUGUUUAUUAACUUAUUAAAGGUUGUUAAUUAAUUAACAACCUUUUAUCACAGUUUUACUACAGUGAUGCUUUUCAUCUGCCAGUAACCAAAGAGAACCCAAUUACACAAAUGAGACAAAAAUAUUAUACUUGGUCAUUUAUUUAUUAAGGAAAAUGACCCAGUGUUACAUAUCUGUGUGCAGCAAAAGUAUGUGAACCUCUAAGAUUAGCAGUUUAAUUUGAAUGUGACAUUAGAGUCAGGUGUUUUCAAUCAAUGGGAUGAUGAUCAGGUGUGAGUGAGCACCCUAUUUUAUUUAAAGAACAGGGAUCUAUCAAAGUCUGAUCUUCACAACACGUCUGUGGAAGUGUAUCAUGGCACGAACAAAGGAGAUUUCUGAGGAAAAGGUUCUGCAGUUUGCUAAAGAUCACGUGGAUAAGGAAGAAGGCUAUUGGAAAAAUGUUUUGUGGAUGGAUGAUGAGGAAAGGGAAGGAAAACACUGCAUUCUAGCAUAAGAACCUUAUCCCAUCUGUGAAACAUGGUGGUGGUAGUAUCAUGGUUUGGGCCUGUUUUGCUGCAUCUGGGCCAGGACGACUUGCCAUCAUUGAUGGAACAAUUAAUUAUAAAUUAUCAAGGAAAUUAUUAAGGAAAAUGUCAGGACAUUUGUUCAUGAACUGAAUGUCAAGAGAAAAUGGGUCAUGCAGCAAGACAUUGACCCUAAGCACACAAUUUGUUCUAUCAAAGAAUGGUUAAAGAAGAUAAAGUCAAUGUUUUGGAAUGGCCAAGUAAGAGUCCUGACUUUAAUCCCAUAGGAAUGUUGUGGAAGAACCUGAAGCAAGUGGUUCAUGUGAGGAAACCCACCAACAUCCCAGAGUUGAAGCUGUUCUGUACCGAGGAACGGGCUAAAAUUCCUCCAAGCCGAUGUGCAGGACUGAUCAACAGUAACAGGGAACGUUUAAUUACAGUUAUUGCUUCACAAGGGGGUCACACCAGACACCGAAAGCAAAGGUUCACAUACUUUUGUCGCUCACAGAUAUGUAAAAAUAUGUAAUUGGAUCGUUUUCCUCAAUAAAAAAAUGACCAAGUAUAUUAUAAUUCUAAAGGGUUCACCAACUUUCAAGCGCCUACUGUGGUGUCCUUCAUAAUAUUUAAUUGAACAGACAAAAAUGUACAUUAUUAUUAAUAUUACUUAUAAACAAGUCAUGAUAAAAGUAACAUAAUCUUAUACAGUGUAUUAAGAAAUAUUUGUUUUUGUAGGUCACUAUAAAAAAUAGCUUUUUGAUAGCAUUUCACUCGAGUCCCGGAAAUCUCAGAACGCUUUUGUGUGGUUUGUGUUGUUGCAGCUGCGCUUAUGGGGAUUUAGUAGUAAUAAUAGUGGCUCUGAGGUAGAGGCCAGAUUAAAACGAUGUAGAAGAUUAUAUUGUCACCAUUUAUAUCUUGUGGUUUUGAAUAAAGAAAUGUGC